GGAUGUUCGGGCUGCCUGUUGACAACUAGUUCAGCGGCUCUUCGAUCUAUUGUGCGGUUGCAAGACUGUAUCAAGUGCACAUGAACAUGUGUUUGGGGGGUUGCAGCCAAAAACGCGCCAAGCAGGGACGGUCGGACCUUCCUCGGCGAGACCCGUGCUUGCCUCGCGCAAGAUUCUGGUCGAAGAACCUCACUCCCCAGCUGCAGCCCAACCUCCCCGCCAGCCAAGCGCCCGUUCCUCCCGCGACCCCAGAGACGCCAUCAACAGCCGUCUCUCCAUCGCCUCCUCCGCCAUUGGAUACGCACGACGCGCAUCUGCAUUCUCUAGGAUCCCGCAGCGACCAGCACGAUGUCUACUUCCGUCGGCGUUAACGUUCUCCGAUGGGGUGCCCUGGCCACCGGCGUCUUCUACGGCCUCUACAACCAGGUCUCGAUAUCAUCGCGUGAGCGAUUGCAAGCCAAGCAAAGGGAAUGGGACCACCACGAGUCUCUGAUCCAGCAGGCAAAGGCUGAGUGGGCGAAGACACAUCCCUCAGAACAGCCAAAGCCAGCUUCCAGCGGAGCGAAAGCAGACUCUCAGGACCCUAACGCCGACAUAAACGUUGUCCUCGGCAUCGCGGACGAGAAAUAAGUGUGAACUCAGUUUCUUUUGUUUGGCAUGGCUUGUGGUAAAUACAGCGGCGGC